AUGGCAAAAAGAGUGAAUUAUUAUGAAGUUUUAGGAGUUCCUCAAGAUGCUGAUAUAAGCAUAAUCAAAAAGUCAUAUAGAACUUUGGCCAUGAAAUGGCAUCCAGAUAAAAAUCCAAAUAAUAAAGCAGAAGCAACUGAAAGAUUUAAACAAAUUUCAGAAGCUUAUGAAGUAUUAUCAGAUCCAAAAAGAAGAAGAAAAUACGAUCUUUAUGGAACUGAUGAAAAUUAUAUGGCCGAUGAAAAUGAUGAAUUUUCAAAUUUUCAUAAAAAUUUUGGAUUUAAUGAUGCUCAAAGAAUAUUUGAAAUGUUUUUUGGAGAUUCUACUCCUUUUGGAAAUGAUUCAUUUUUUAGUGAUGUAAUGAGUUCAUCAUUUGGAGAUAAAAGAAGAGGAAGAAUGAAUAGAUCAGCUGAUCCAUUUGAUAAUUUUUUCGGUUCAUCAUUUAACAUUUCCUUUGGUUCAUCAUCAUUUGACAACUUUGUUGAUGGCGGUUCGUGUUUUACAUCAGUAGAAACAUCAACAUCAAACGGAGGAAAAUAUAAAAAUAGAGUUAUAAAAACAUCUACAUCUAAAACUACAUCAAUUGUUAAUGGAAAGAGAGUAACUAGAAUUGAAACUGUCAAAACAUUACCUAAUGGAACAGUUGAAAGAACAGUAACUGAAAGAGAAGAAGAUGGAAGAGGAAAUAUUAACGUUAGACAAUUACCGGCGCAUGAAUUAAAAAGAAAUAGAAGAUAA